AUGGGAAAACGCAUCUUGCUGCUCCUGCUGGGCCUCUCCUUGCUGGCAAGCUCCCUGCAAGCGUUGACAUGUUUUGAGUGUGCUAGGCUCAAUUCUCAGGGGAUUUGUGAGAAAGGAGAAAGAUGCUGUAAGGCUAAACCUGGUGAGAAGUGUGCCUUACUCUUAAAUGUUAAAGGUGGCAGAAUCCAGUUUGGAGUCCAAAGAUGUGCUGAUAUUUGCUUCAGUGGGACUGUUCUAAAUGGAGAUAGCACAGUAAAAAUGAGUUGUUGUGAUGACAAAUCUUUCUGCAAUAAGCUAUACGCCUGA